AUGUCUGCAGCCACCGAAACAUCGGCUCCUGUGCCGAAUGUGCAGUCCAACAACCGAGCUGCUGGCGAUACUCGCCUUGUUGCUGAUGAGGCCACCGACGACGCAGCUUCGGAUCUCGGCGCCAGCAUCGCUUCUUCGACUACAAGUGUUACUGAGUCCAUCUUUGCAUACAGGUUAGAGAAUGGGCGAACAUACCAUAAAUACAAGGACGGAAACUUGCAGCAUGAGCUGUUUUUCCUGUCUCUGAACGACAGGCUGGGACUGGCACCGCCCAACGACAAGGGUUCGAAGGUCAAACGCGUCCUCGAUGUUGGGACUGGGACUGGACUUUGGGCUAUUGAUUUUGGUGACUUGCAUCCUGAAGCUGAGGUCAUUGGCGUGGACCUCUCCCCUCCCCAGGCAGACGCGCCUCCUAACGUUUCUUUCGAGAUUGACGACAUCGAUGAGCCUUGGACAUACAGUCGACCGUUUGACUACAUUCAUAGCCGGAUGAUGACGUCGAGUGUCGCCAACUGGAAGACCUACAUCCAGAACUGUUUCGACAACCUCGAGCCCGGCGGAUACCUGGAGCUGCAAGAGACUGACCUCUUCCCCGGAUGUGACGACGGAACCCUCAAGCCAGAUGCGGCAAUGAUCAAGAGCGUGACAUACAUGGAAGAGGCUUGCAAGAUCCUCGGCCGACCUUUCCAAGACAUACCGGCACUCGUCGACGUAAUGCGCGAAGUCGGCUUUGUCGACGUCUCAAUCAUGAAGGAGAAGUGGCCGUCAAACACCUGGCCUAAAGACCCGCACUACAAGACGCUGGCGCCCUUCACUAGGGCUCUUGGGUGGAAGAAAGAGGAAGUACAGGUGUUCCUCGUGGACGUGCGAAGGGAGCUCAAGGAUACGACCAUCCAUGCAUGGUGGCCUAUUUAUGUCAUUCAUGGAAGAAAGCCGUAG